GGUGGUUUCCAUAACGACGGUGUGUAUGGAGAUGACGCCUCGGGGCAAGGAGGCUUGAUUUUAUCAAUACACGGCUUUAAAAGUGCACUCCUGGCAUCCUCCUAGGAUUUCCUGGCGGCGAUUUCUCUGUUUUUGACGCAGGAACAAGAUGGCAGUGACUACCAGGGGUGUCCUGCCCAUGGCGACGGCCACGAUCGGGCCGGACUCGUGGCGAGACGCGACGGUUCGCGGGAUCAAGGUGGCACAGAAGGUGGUGGAUAAGAGUGAAAAAGGCGCCAUCCUGGGUAAGCAGCUGGACCCACUGCCGACCCUUCGUGACAACUGUGCCGUGCAGAGCAACACUACCAUCCACAAGUACGUACGGGAGGUGCGCAUGGUGGUGGUGUCCCUCAGGGAGUACCUGCUGGACACCAACGAGGAGAUCAAGUCUCUGAUCCGGGGGAAGGAGGCUCUGGAGAAGGCUCUGGAGCACCGCAGGAAGGACAUCCUCCUCAACCAGCAGAGCACGGCCAUCAGGCUCACCCGCCCGCCCAGGGAGAAGAUACUUGAUGGUGCGGAUGAGCUGCUUCAAGCAGAACUGAAACAUCUUCUGAAGCUGAAGAAGACCCUGGAAGCCCAGCUUAGGGAAACACAGAAACAUCUACAGGAGUUAGAUGGAGUGCGUAAGCUGCUUACCGCGGUGAUCCAGGAGAGGUCACAUGUUAUGGACCUCAUCACCCACGCUGUCUCCUCCGUCACAGCGAACGGACGUCUUUCCUCCCGCCGCGAGGGGAGAUACUCUCGCCAGGAGGAAAUGCGACCGGAGUCACCAAGCAACCCCAUGUUGGGUGAGCCUGACCCAAUGGGACCGUACACACCUGAUGCAGCUAAAGCCAUAGAAGAGGCGCGGGAAGCUAACCUGAAGUCCGCGGCUCUGCGGAGGGCGAUCAAGGACUCGAUUGACAAGACCACUAUGCUGCAACAGGCUGCACACCGCUCCGUCAACGAUGGUCUCACACAGAAGUUGGCAGAGACCAUCACUAUGACACAACAUUUACAAGUCAGCUCCGGCGAGAACAGGGCCGCCAUGCACAGGGCACAACGUUGGUAUGACACCACCGACAAAGCAAGAACUAUAACCAUGGGUCCAGUGUCCAGCAGUGAUCUGACCACACGCGAGCGGCUGGAUCGGCCGCUGGUCCGUGUUUACCAGCGUCACCCUGGUAACCAACUGCCAGAGACACAUGACAUCAUCUCGGGACAAGUAGACUUGUUGAAGUCCUUAAAAGCAACCAGCCGCAACCUGGGUCUGCUACAUCUGGCCAGAAAUAAACUUAGGACACAUCUUUUGUAGCAGCAAGUUAGCACCAACUGCAGCAAAAUAUUACAAAAUAUCUCACAUUUAUAGUCCAAUCCUGGUUUAUUCCAAUAUACAAUAUUGGAAAAACCAAACUAUGCCAUCACACCUAUUAAGAUUAUUCCAGCUUUUUUGUGUGUGACAUGCAUUGUUUUCAUUCCAUAUAUUUCCAUGAAGUUUCUUCAAGUUAUUUUAUUCCUUAAAGUUUGCAAAUAACUGGUUUGAAAGUAUAACUUUCUACCUUUCUAGUUAUUACAAAUUUGUUACAUUCAAGAAAUGUAAUUGAUCUACAAUAAUUGAAAUUGGUUGAAUGUAAUAUAAUUUUUGUGCUACACCGAUCUGUAUGAAAAAAUUCUAAAAACUUGCACCCUUCUAUUUUUAUGUACAAGUUAUAAAAUUCAAUACAUUCAAGGCCAUAUUAAGUAGAAGUUGGAUUCAGUUUAUUAGAAUUGUUAAUUAUUUGUAGGUACAAGCGGGUUGAACAGUGAGAAUGCUGCUAGAAAACUACGAAGUGGAACACUUAUUUUUUGUUACCAAUUGUAUAUCACGUUGUAUGUGAUGUGGCACAACACUAGAUACAUGUACAUAAAGUUUUAUAACGGCUCUUGUCACCACAGCUGUGGCCUGCCAUAUAUUUGUGUGGUUUCAGUGUGAUUAAACUUUGUUGUGGACGAU